CCGCACCCUAAUAUUUGGCAACAUGGCCACAAAUGGACGACCGAAUAAGGUCAUGUCUUCGCGACUGGCGGGCAUGAAAUUCAUGCAACGCUCAGGCCCUCCAUCACCCGCGACCCCGAUUGAGCCUCCCGCCAAAAAACAACGACUUUCGAGCGGUGCUGCCAAUGUAUCGCCGGCGUCAAGCCCAGCUACUGCGACCGACUCGAAAUUUGCAGGUCGAGACGAUUCGAAAUGGUAUUUGAGCUUUCGUGCGCCGCAAGCGCCUGCCGUGGAAUCACCUUUGCGAAUAGUACAAGCUGGAUAUGCGGUGUUGGACUCUGCGAGCCGCGACAACGACUCUUCCGACAGAGAUGAGGAGGUCCCAUCGCGUCCGUCCAUGCCUGGCAGAAAGAGCUUUGGCAAGUUUAACAAGGUCAUUGAGAAGCAAAACAAUCCAGACAUGUCCUCUGGAUCUGAAUCCGAAUCUGAAGAGGACGAUGAGGACGAAGAAGACGAACCGGAUGCCGAAGAUGACACGGGUAUAGAUGCGCUGAUUGCGCAAGGAAAAAAGGAGGCUACGGCUCGUGCCAAGGCGGAGCGCAAAGCGAAGAGAAAGGCAGAAAAAGAAGAAUUGCAGAAACUCGCUGAACAGAGGCGGAAGAAAGAAGUCAACUUAAACCGCACGCCGACGAGCAUUUCGAAUGGCGGUGGUGCGUCGCCGAUAACUUGUCAUCGGUGCAAUGAGAAAGGCCACCGACAGGCAGAUUGUUCACAGAAGCGCAAUGGAGGGAGACCUUCGAAGUUGAGGAAAUCCUAUUGAGGAAUCGCAGUACAGCUUAAUCCGCGUCCCGUCGGUCGUGAUCGCUUAAUUCCAGCAAAGGCUACGGACGGUGGGGAGAGGAGCACUAAUUGGUGCAAGAGUUGUCAACAGCUUCGGGCUGUAUUACUGCUGCAUACGUGCACGCAUUCGGGCGCUUGAAGGGGUGUCACCCCUCUCCAUCGCCGAAUGAGGCAGCGCUCACUAGUGAGGUACAGAAGGCUGACGGCCAGACAUGCUGUCUCCUGCUCAAAGUCCCUUGGAUCCGGAAUGAGCGAAAUCUAAUGUCUUACUGAAGCGUAAGUUCCUGCUGUGUGCGGACAUUCUCGGUAAGUGCAGCUUGAUAGAUGCUGAGAUCUGAGGUCAAUUACACUGGCAUUAGCAAUAAAAUUACAUUUCCAC